GACUAGAAAGAAGAAUCACCUUCGCCGACUGAAGGAGGCUGUCUGUUUCGGUGCAUUGAAUCAUCCAUCCCGGACCUCAAAUCCAACCCCAGGAAGGAAGCGAAAAUGGCCGAUCACUCCGAUAGCUCCUCCUCUUCCAUGGUUCGUCUGAAUAUCGGAGGGAAGAAGUUUUGCACAACACUGGAUACCCUCACGCAGCGAGAGCCGGACUCGAUGCUUGCUGCUAUGUUUAGUGGCCGUCACACUAUCUGCCAGGAGUCAGAGAAGGGAUACAUAUUCGUUGACAGGGACGGAAAGAAUUUUCGCCAUAUCCUAAAUUGGUUGAGGGAUGGUGUAAUUCCACCUUUGAAAGACUCUGAAUAUGCUCAGCUUUUGCGAGAGGCGGAGUACUAUCAGCUUCUUGGACUAGUAGAUGAAGUUAAAGCUGUUCUGAGUAAGAGGAAGGAGGAUGAGGAGUUGGGUACCGAAUUGACACGCAUUGAUAUUAUCAAAUGCAUACAAUCUGACAGAGUCAGAUUUCGGGGAAUUAAUCUUUCUGGUCUCGAUCUUUCGAAGUUGGACUUGUCAUUUGUGGACUUCAGCUAUGCAUGUCUGAAAACCGUGUUCUUCUCGCGUGCCAAUCUUCAGUGUGCAAAAUUCAGGGAUGUCGAUGCUGAAGCUUCCAUUUUUCACAAUGCCACAUUGCGCGAAUGUGAAUUCACUGGAGCAAACCUUCGUGGAGCUGUAUUAGCUGGUGCUAAUCUUCAAAGUGCAAAUUUACAAGAUGCCUGUCUAAUAGGCUGUAGCUUUUGUGGGGCGGAUCUUCGUUCAGCUCACCUACAGACGGCUGAUCUUACCAAUGCCAAUCUCGAAGGAGCGAAUCUUGAAGGCGCCAAUCUGAAGGGUGCAAAGUUAACCAAUGCAAAUCUGAAGGGUGCAAAUCUUCAAAGAGCUUAUCUUCGGCAUGUAAAUCUUCGUGAUACGCAUUUGGAGGGGGCGAAGCUUGAUGGUGCAAAUUUACUGGGUGCAAUCAGGUGACACCCCUCUCAAUGUGGGUUGUAGCUCAUUUUAAGGUUAAUAUCUGUAUUAGUUUUUACCCAAAUUGUUUCAACCAUGCUGGCCUUGCUAAAAUGUUUAGCUUCUGUUCUGAGAUGAACAAAGAUGUACUGAGACAAUAUUGACAUGCUCGAUAAUUUCCUGAUCGUAUAUUUGCCUGAAAUCUGAUCGUAUAAAUCUAAGGCGAGAAUUUGUGUUUAA